AUGGACCACAAAUCCGUCGAGCAUACCGAGUUUGUCAGUUCAGGCAAAGGUGGUGUCGAGCCUGAUCGACUAACGCCUGCGCGAAUAAUGACCCCCGAGCAGUUUGCCCUGGCAGAGAGGAAGCUGAAGAAGAAGCUUGAUUUGCGUCUUUUGCUCUGUGUUUGGGUUAUUUUCGUGAUGAACUACCUGGAUCGAAACAACAUAUCAGCCGCAAAGAUAGCCGGCAUCGAGGGCUCCCUUGGCCUAAGCAGCACGCACUAUGCUACCGCCGUGGCUUUGCUUUUCGCUGGUUACGUGCUGAUGCAAAUUCCAUCCAAUAUUUUCUUGGCCAACUUACGCCCUUCACUCUACAUCCCGUCCGUUAUGGUCAUCUGGGGCAUGCUCUCUGCGCUGGUAGGAGUCGUCCACAACGCAGCCGGGUUGUAUGCCCUCCGGUUCCUGCUUGGGUUCGUUGAGGCAGCGUUUUAUCCCGGCGCGCUCUUCCUCAUCUCAUCCUGGUAUAAGCGUUCCGAGAUGGGUGUCCGCAGCGCCUUCCUCUUCUCCGGCUCCCAGCUGGGAAGCGCAUUCUCCGGCCUUAUCGGUGCCGGGAUUACGAGCGAGCGCGCCGUCGCCGAAUGGCGCCUAAUUGCGGAUGCCGGUCAGGUUGACGAAGAUGAUGAACGCUGGAGCUACGGGUUCCAGAUGGCUUUUAGCGACUGGCGGCUGUACGCCUUCGCGCUCAUUUUUCUUUGCAUCCAAGUCGCGAGUGCGACGUCUAACUUUUUUCCCGCUGUCGUUAAGACGCUAGGGUUUAGCACUGUUAACACCUUGCUGCUUACUGUGCCACCGUACAUGGUAGCCCUAGUCAUCUCUAUAGCUAAUAAUUGGUCUGCUGAUCGGCUUCGCAAUUCGUCCUUUCACGCUAUCUGGCCACUUUCAGUUGCGAUUGCCGGUUUCAUUAUUGCGGCCGCUACGCUCAAUACGGGCGCGAGGUAUUUCGCCAUGAUUUUGAUGGUAGCCGGGGGGCAUGGCUCGAACGCUGUCGUGCUGGCCUGGACACAGAAAACAAUGCUUAGGCCUAGAAUUAAGCGGGCCUCGGCUGUGGCAUUUGUUAAUGCAUUUGGGAACCUUUCGCAAAUCUUCUCCUCGUACUUCUACCCCGACAGCUCCGCUCCGCGGUACGUGACCGCCAUGGCAGCGAACUCAGCCUUCUCACUUGGUGCGAUUGUGCUAGCGCUAUUCAUGCGAUUCGUUCUCCUUCGCGCUAAUCGUCGCAUCGAUAUGGGGGAGUCAACCGUGACGGAGGAGAUGAGAGGUCACAGCCAGAGAGAGAUUGCUGGUGUCUCUGAUGAAGAGCGCAUUGCGCGAAGGGAGGGGUUCCGAUACAUUGCCUAG